CUACCUGCCCACCACCCCCAUUCCCAUCCUGAAAAAGCCACCCCCGGUCACUAACCAGAAGCAACCGGACCAAAAAGUUCCUAACCAACUGCGCCCUUCAACCCGGCCUCACCGAUCCCCAAACCUGCGACAAGCAACUCUGGGACUUCGCCUUCGCGGGUGCGGACAUUAGUACCGCCUACACCCCGCUCCACCACAACUUCACCGUCUCCCUCGUCAACCAGACGCUCCAAUUCCAGCGCUACGCCGACCCAGUCCUAUCAACCUUCAUCGACAAAACCAAAUCCCUCGUCGUGUUCUGGAUCGGGAUAAACGACAUGGGCGAUUCGGAUAUGUACAACGUCUCCUUCCCGGUCUUCUACGACGAGCUUGUCACGACGAUGUUUCAGUCCGUCGAGCAAAUCUAUGAUCUGGGAUAUAGCGAGUUCUUGGUGAUGAAGUUGCCGCCGUUGGAUCGUACGCCGCCGAAUUUGAGCCGCGCGGCGGGGCCGUUGCCGAACGCGACGAUGGUGGAGUGGUAUGGUGAUGCGCUGGCGCGGCACGCGGUGGCGUUUGAGCAGAGUCAUGAGGGGAGUGAGGUGAUGGUGUUUGAGACUACGACGUUCUUGAACUAUGUCUUAGACAAUCCGGCGGAGUACGGGAUCACGAAUACGACGGGUUAUUGUGCUGCUUACGAUCAGCCGGACAUUGACACGGAUCCGGGGAUGUACGGGUGCUUGCCGUUGGAUCAGUAUUUGUGAGUCCGUAAAUGCGACCGCGGUUGCAAUCCGCGACUGCAAGGUUGAAGUGGGAACGGCAUAGAUGUUCAUGCUGACGUGGUGAAGCUGGUUCAAUACAGGGCAUAUGACGAGUCACACGCAUCGGAUUCUGGCGGCGGAGGUGGAGAGGUUCUUGGAAGCGCAAGGUAGCGGCAGCGGCGGCAUUGGUAGUGGACCGGCACGUGGUGGACCAGGACGCGGUGGACCGUCCUCUGGGCACUGGUAGAGUGGU